AUCAUUAUUGGGAAAAGCGAAGAAGGAAAAAUUUUCCACCAUACAAUUCGCGGCAAUCGUGAGGAGUGAGUGUUUCUACUCCGAAGCCCAAGUGGACAGGAACACCCGUGACGGUGUGUGCGAGGAGGCAGUGAGUUGGGAACACUCCUCAGUGGACAUUUUCCAUCUCUCUGGGUGGUUUUGUGCGCGCCCCAGUGGCCUGGGCUGAACGAGUCUCGCAGAACGCACUUUUUCCCCGAGGAGGAAAAAUCACACCACCCUUCGCGUGAGAUUCGCUAUCCAGAGUUUUUCCCAGUGGCCAGCGAGAGGAAGGCUGCGUUUUCGCGUUGGGUGACCGUCUGGGCUGGUGGACACGCGGGCUGGCCAGGAGUCAAAUGAGCGUUGUGGGAAAUUUUCCGUGAAGGGUGCGUGAAGGCGGCGGCAAGGGGAGGAGAGAGAGAGAGGAAAAAAGGUGUUUCCCCCGCGUGAAAAGUGAAAAUUCCCACACGCGGAGACCCAAAAGUGUUAAGUGCAAUUUCCGUGGCUAUUUGAUGAAUUGCCAGUGUCUCCAGUGGAUGUGGAUCUGCUGAAGAGGUUGGAGAGGACAUCUCACACACACAAAAGGGUGGUCUUCGUCGCAUCUCGAUCGCGUGGCAAAGGAAAAAAACGGGAAAAAGGCUCCGACAGCGGCGAGGGGUGAGGGACAGAAGAGUCAUGGAUUAGGAGGAAGGAAGGUGGCCCAAGGAGAUACAAAUAGGGUGGAUACGCCGAUCUGGAGGACGGAUUGGUGGCCCUAGAGCAUAAAAGUGCGUGCGGGGACAAAAAUGGAUGAUGAUGCCGUGUCGAGUCCGCACUUGAUUGGAGUCGCGUGAGCCUCGAGGACCGGCAGAAUCGUGAACACACCAAAGAUACCACAAAAUGGCGGAUGGUGGACACUCAUUUGGGAAGAAGACAUUUCACAAGCCAACCUACUGUCAUCACUGUUCAGAUCUUCUCUGGGGGCUAAUUGGACAAGGCUACAUUUGCGAAGUGUGCAAUUUCAUUGUGCAUGAAAGAUGUGUGACGAACGUGGUGACGCCUUGUUCAGGAAUAGCCCCCAGCAUCAUCAAGAAUCCCGUCGCCCAUUGUUGGUCGGAGCCGACGCAUCACAAGAGGAGAUUCUGCACGGUGUGCCGGAAGAGACUUGACGAAACACCCGCCGUGCACUGCAUGAUCUGUGAGUACUUCGCCCAUGUGGAGUGUCAGGAUUUCGCUGUGGCUGAUUGCAAGGAGAAUGCCACGUAUGUCCCCGGCAAGGAUUUAGGGUCUGUGAAGCAUCAGCAUCACUGGCGAGAGGGUAACUUGCCACAGACAUCAAAAUGCUAUCACUGCAAGAAGUCCUGCUUCUCCUCCGAGUGUCUCACAGGCUACCGAUGCGAAUGGUGCGGUGCAACGUGUCACGGUGGCUGUCGCAGUCAAGUGAAUCCCGAGUGCAAAUUCGGUGUCCUCGAGCCAAUCUAUUUACCGCCACAUGCUGUUUCUAUACCUCGUACUGAAGUGCCAAUGGAAGCUAUUAUUGGUGUCCAAGUGAAAUCAAGGACUACACCACUGCAGAGAGAUUAUUCCUGUCCGGAAUUGAGAACGAUAGGUCUCUGUGAUGCCACGGACAGUGAAUUGUCGAUAAGGCAUCUCGAUAUGAAUGCCAAGGAGGCGAUAAGGCAGAUGUACCUCCUGCCGUCACCUGCAGCGUCCACGGAUCAGAGGAACCGCAGUUGGCCGAAGAUUGGGGGUGGUGGCGACAAGAGAACGGAUCAUCUCGGGGAGAAUCGUGAUAUUUUAGAUAUUGACUGUGCCGAAGCGCACAGUGACUUUGCCAGUAGCUGUAAUUUAGACGUAGUGCGGACAGACAAGAGGGCUCACAGUGCCGAGAGUGUGGAGAUGGUGAAGAGUCCCAGGAGUCGCCACGUGGAGCGCCUGAAGAUGGCCGAAACGGUGACGAGGAGUCGAUCGUUCCAGGAGCAGGGCGUUCAGCCGCCCUAUCUCAAGAAUGCGCGCUUCUUCGUGAACCGUCUGGGGCACUCCAACGCCAAUCUGGACGACAUGCUGGAGACUGCCUCGUCGCCUGGCGCCUCAAUCUCCAUGAAGACAUCCCAGAGCGCCGACAUUCGCAUUGAGAUCGGACAUUAUGGCGAUGACGACAGGUGCACGCCGCCGAUUCUGCCCUUCCAGCAGGAGCAGGGGGUGAAGAGUGGACACAUUUUGGGGCGAAUUUUCCGACGAAUGCGAAAAAUCUCUCUGGCGUGGCGAAAGUCAAGAUGUAAAAUUCACAGAGCGCGAAGCAUUUCUGAAGAAUUUAGCAGCGGAGACGCUGCCCGAUUUCGCGAUGAGGAAUACACAUCGAAGCCUGAAGGUGCCUGUGCCUCAGGAAGUCAUCCAAGAGCAGAGUCGGCGCACAAGUCCGAUAAGGACAAGGAGAAGAGGGAUAAAGAGAAGGAAGAAAGGGAUGAAGAAACUAUCAAAGUGUUUGAUGGAAAUUCCUCACUGCGACGACGAAUAUUCCGAGCAAUUACAGUUUCACGAACAUGUACUUUAGAUCAAUUACUAACAACAGCACUUCGUGCAUUCCACAUUGCACGAAAUCCUAAUGAAUUCUACUUGACGGACUUGUAUGCGCCGGGCGGCGAGGAGGUUCGCCUGCAGGACGCACAUCCGGUGCUGACACUCACCCGAAUUGAGGGAAAGCGUCCAGCCAUCUUCCUGCGAUUUCGUGACAAUGAAAAUGACAAGGGCUUCGUGCGCGUGUACCCGGGAAAGUUGCAGCUGGAUGACAUUGACGAGUCCUUCGUGGCGGUGCCCGUGGAUAAUGACACAACCGUGCGCGAUCUGAUCCGCGACGCCCUCAAUCAGUUCACGCUGGAGGGGAGGAAUGUGGAUGAGUAUCGGUGUCUGGAGGUGUUGCUGGACAGAGGCGUGACAGAGAGGAUCCUCUGCAAUAAUGAGCGACCGUGGGAGAUUAUGAAACAGCUGGGCAGGGACUCAAUUCGUCAGAUGGAGCUCAUGAGGUUCUAUCUGCAGCACAAGCAGGAUCCACAUGGUCCGAAUUUGGCACUAUUCGUUGGCAAUCUACCUCCAGGACUCUCCCAGAGAAACUAUGAGCACAUGCUGAACAGAUAUGUGUCCGAGGACAAGUUUACCAGCAUUGGUCCCAUCUACUAUGAAUAUGGAUCUGUUGUGAUAACGUAUGAAGACGCUUCGAAGGCGGUUCGUGCUUUUUAUACACUGCGUGAGGCAAUCUGCGAGGGGAAAAAUCUUCUAGUGCUUCUGUUGCCAAACAUCGAACCGAGCAUGGUGCGUCCGGAUACGUGGCCACUGCUUGUCUUUGUCAACGUGAAAUCCGGUGGAUGUCAGGGUCUCGAAUUAAUUUCAAGCUUCCGCAAACUCUUGAAUCCCUAUCAAGUGUUUGAUCUAGACAAUGGUGGACCACUUCCAGGACUGUAUGUCUUUCGCCACAUCAAGACCUACAAGAUUCUCGUGUGUGGCGGCGAUGGCACAAUUGGAUGGGUGCUGCAGUGUCUGGACAACGUUGGUCAAGACUCGGAAUGUUCAAGUCCACCAUGCGCCAUUGUACCCCUCGGAACUGGGAACGACUUGGCGCGUGUCCUUCGCUGGGGACCCGGCUACACGGGCGGCGAAGACCCGCUGAACCUGCUGCGCGAUGUAAUCGAAGCGGAAGAGAUUCGAUUAGAUCGCUGGACAGUGGUGUUCCAUCCGGAAGACAAGCCCGAGGACGCAGCGCAAAAAGCGCCAUCAAAUUCAACGGGUAAGAAGAAGAAGAAGGUCCACACAGCACAGCCUUCUCAACAGAAUCAGCAACUUCAUCUUGCGGCCAUUGCAAAUCAAGGUGGAGGAGCACAGAGUGAGGACAAUUCACAGAUCUUUGUGAUGAACAACUACUUCGGGAUAGGAAUUGAUGCCGAUCUCUGUCUGGACUUUCACAAUGCGCGCGAGGAGAAUCCCAACAAGUUCAACUCGCGCCUCCACAACAAGGGCGUGUAUGUGAAGAUGGGCCUCCGGAAGAUGGUGGGCAGGAAGAUUGUGAAGGAGCUGCACAAAGAAAUCCGACUGGAAGUGGAUGGAAAGGUUGUGGAACUGCCACCCGUCGAGGGCAUUAUCAUACUGAAUAUCCUGAGUUGGGGUUCUGGGGCCAAUCCGUGGGGUCCUGAGAAGGAGGAUCAGUUUAGUAAACCGAAUCACUGGGACGGAAUGCUGGAGAUUGUCGGAGUGACGGGAGUCGUGCAUCUGGGCCAAAUUCAAUCUGGCCUUCGAUCUGCAAUUCGCAUAGCUCAGGGUGGCCAUAUAAAAAUCCACAUGUACUCGGAGAUUCCGGUUCAAGUGGAUGGCGAACCCUGGGUUCAGAGUCCCGGUGACGUCGUAGUUCUCAAAUCAGCACUCAAGGCGACCAUGUUGAAGAAGUGCAAAGGGAAGAUGAAGCGUCGCAACACGGAACCUACAAUGGCUCUGGGUCCGUCAACACCCGCCAUGUCCCUCGCCGUGGCGCCGCAGGAGAACGACGAGAAUAAUGAGACGGAUUUCUGAAUUUGGUACAACGAGCGACUUAUUUAACGUGCAUUCAAUGAAGUGGACAACUCACGCGAGUCGGGCAGCUCUCCGUGAGCUCUCGAGGCCCAGUUUGAGAUUGGUGUGUGUUGAGUGAGGAAUCAAUUUGGGAAAGUGAGGCAAUGUCGAUGAAACAAGAAAAAUAACCCACCAAAAAGAUAAGAGUGGAUCAAGAGAGAUUAGAUGCAAUGAAGUGGAUUUGAAGCGCGCCUAGGAAUCGCCUUGUGCCAGUGAGCUUUUCUCGCCACGCGAAAAACUGACGGGGAAUUUCCUCGGCGACAGCUAGAGACUUUCAUUGUAGGAUGCACUGCAAUGGGAGCUUUUCUGAAGUGUGGAAACCAAGGAAUUCCUCUUGACUGUGAUUUUCGCCACUGGAAAUUUUCACUGGGAAAAUGACGUGAUUCGAGCGCAAGCAUGUUUUUUGACACGAACUACAGAGUUUUCCACAGACUUUCCAUAUACCCACCUUUAAAAAAGAAACAAGCGAACAAAGCAAAAGAAGUUCAACCAGUCAUUGCUCUGCAUGUUAAAGAAGUUGCUCUACGACUUUAUGAUUUUCCCAAGAGUGUCACCAAUAUGUUUAGUUUCAAGAGAACAAAGAUCAAGUACCAAAAAAAAACUGUGUCAGAGAAAAAUGUGUGAGUCAGAUAGAGAAAAAAAGAAAUCUUCCUAGAACAUAAACCAGUGUGAAGAGGUGAAAAACAAAAAGAUGGAGAUAAGAAUUGAGAAAUCUAUUUAUUGCAAAGAAUAGGAAUCUUUAUUUUUUGUUGACACUUUGAAAAAUAUUUUAUGAUAUAUUAUUGUGUAUAGGAGAAUGAGAAGAGAAAUUUGAUAAAUUAUGAUGGACGAUGGGAAAAUACUGAGAUCUCGAAACUAUAUUUAGAAAAGAAGGAGAAGAGAAAUGAAAAUAUAGUGUUAUAAAUAUUUGUUGUAAUUUUUCUAAUUCUUUUCAUUUGUCAUUCAACAAAGAAAAAGAUAAAAAAUCAGCAAAUGCAAAGAUUUGUAUUAAGACAAAAUGAGAGAUUAUUUUUUAAGGAGAAAAACUUUUCUAUAUAGUAUCUAAAUGAAUAUAAUUUCCAUUUCUUCCUGUUUAUGUAAAAGUAAACAAAAAAAAAUUGUGUGAAAGAAAUGACAAAAUCUACUCAAGAAUGAAUGAGUCUCAGAAAAUCAUGAGAUGAAUUCAUUACGCUUAGGAAAGAAGAUGGUGGAAGUAAGAGAAAACGUGAAAAGUGAAUUACGUCCCACAGAAUAUAUUUGAUAUAAAAAAAAUAGUAAGAAAAGAGUAUGAAGAGAAAGAAAAAAUGAACAUAAACAAAAGCAGAAUCAAAUUUCAUAGGAAAAAAUAUCAUGGAUUUUUUCUCACAAUCAUUUUUUCCUUCUUUCUCUUUUUUCUAAUGAUACACCAUUAAUUGUUAAAUUGAUUAUUCCUAAGGACUUCUUUAAAGAACGAGAGUUUGGGAGACGUUUUACAAAUCAUGAAUUAACUUGACAACAUAUAUAUUGUUAUAAAAUGUAAUUUGUAAUACUGUAAUGCUAAAAUUACGUUUUAUGUAUGGUAUUUUACCAAAAAAAAUAACAACAAUGAUGAAAAAGAGAGAAUAAAAAAAAAGAAAAUCCAUGAAUAAUAGCAAAUGUAGAAAAAGGAAUAAAAGGCUCUGAUAGAAAAAAAUUCCACGGAAGAAGAUUGACUUGAAACUUAGCGUGAACAUAAAUAAAACUUCAUUUUUAGCGAAAAAGAGAAUCAAUUCAAUCAAAUUGUUCAAUAAAGGAAAAAAAAACUUAAAUAACUAGUGGAACUGCGUAGUGUAAAUGAUGGAGAAAACAUACAUUUAAAUAAUGUAAUAAUUCAUGUUUGAUUGCACUUUAAAGAAAAUUAUUAUAAAAGAAAAAUGAUGAAAAUAGAAUAAUACGAUCUUAAACAUAGUGAACAAAGUCUCCCCAAAAAGAAACUGAUGAAAGUAAUAAAAAAAAAUAGUGAAGUGUAUAAAGAAAACUUAUUUCCAUAGUAAAAAAAAAAGAGCGAAAAUAUUUCAUCUGCGAUAUUUUGCGAGAAACAUUUGAAGAAUGAGCAUUAGUUGCGCAAAGGAAAGCGCUGUAUUAAUAGAAAAUUGCAUGCAACAGAGAGUAGUUUUAUGCAAUUUUCCCAAUUAGAUUGGCCAUUUUCCAAAUGCUAAAAUGCAAAAUUGCAUAAGCAAACUAACAACAACUAUCCACUUUAGCCAGAUUGAUGAGAGUCCAUACUUAGAUAAUAUUUAUAAAGAAAACUUUCUGAAGAAGAAAAAAAAAUACACCAUCUCUUUUUCGUUGGAAUGCAUUUUUUAUAAUAAAAAAAAACACACACACACACCGAAUGUAAAACUUUUUCUAUAUUUGAGGAAUAAUUUUUUGAAAUAUUGUUUUUAAUAUAAAACCUUCAGUAUUUUCAAUAGAAAAACAAACAACUUGAUAUAUAAUGUGAAAAAAAAACUACCAACAUAAUGAAUUUGAGAAGAACGUGCGUGAGAUGUGAAGAACGAGAGUUGCAAAAAUGACCAAAAACAAUGUUUUUAAUACACUCUAGUGUUUAUAGGUGAAGAAAAAAAACUUUAAAGAUGAAUUUAUUGUAAUACCUCAAAGGACGACGACAUCACACGAGAUUUCCAUUUAAGUUUUGGGCGAAAGAUAUUGCAAGGAGUGAGAUUGAAAAUUUUUUUGUAAAUCUAACACGGGAUGAUAUGUUAUGAGAACGUUUAUUGAUCGUGCGGAAAAGUUGCCAAAAACAAAAACGUGUACUACAAAAACAAAGAGAGAGAGCGUGAGAGGUAAAAUUGC